AUGUUAGCAGUGAAUUAUGGUGAUGAUGAUUCCUCAUAUGUGGAUGAUAUAUGCCAAGUUUUUUGCGACUCUAGACAGAACAUACAGAGCUCCGGUUGGAUUGGCGAACGGGAAGUAGAUCAUGGCAGAAGGGAAAGGAGAUGUGAAGAACAUGAUGAAUGGAGUGAAGAAAACAAUCAAGAAUGUGCUUUUCGUUCCCGCGAUGGACAGAUGACAGAAAGAGGCUACUCGGAGUCUGUCGAAUGUCAUUCAAUCCCUAGGGCUGGGAAUACGAGUGGGGCCAGGGAAGCUAGGCCGAGAACAAGCGAAUGCUUUAUAUGCGGAGAACGAAGGCAUUACGCAAGAGAUUGCAAGAGAAGAAAUCAGCAACUAUUUGGGGAAACUAUGUGGGUUGGAAAAGUAUUGCCUCUGCGUUUGCAGACUAAUCUCUCUGCUUCUUUGGCCAAAGACGAAAAAGGUCACGAAGAAGCAGAACUGCAUUGUAGAUUAGAUAAGCAAUUCGAAGAGCUUAGUAUGGAAACGUUCGAUUUCUACGUAGAUAGAGUUAUGCGAAUCGUUCAACAGUUGCGUCUUUUGAAAGAACCGAAAUCGGAUUAUGAGGUUGUCACAAAGGUCUUAGCCUUGGUUUCAGGGCCAUAUGAUGAUGUAGGUUCGCUUUUAGAACAAGCUGUGGAUCUGAAGGAUUUGACUCUUAACAAGUUUGUUGAGUUUUGUUAUGCUUAUGAAUCAGUUACAGAGGAAGCUAUCUCUCUAAUGUUGAAGGAUUUGAGUCUUGAUUCGGAAUGUCAUUCAAUCCCUAAGGCAGGGAAUUUGAGUGAACCUAGGCCGAGAACAAGCGAAUGCUUUCNAUGCAAAGCACAAGGGCAUUAUGCAAGAGAAAAAAAUCAGCAACAGGAGCCAAUAUCAGAUGAGGAAGAUUAUCAACUCGUGGAAGGAGGCAAACGCAUUGUCCGCGAUCGAACUGGGGCACUACUUGGGGAAACUAUGUGUAACGUGAGAGAGCCGGCUCUGCGUAAGAAACUAUAUUGUAUUCACUAUGCAAUGCUUUUGUCAAGUCUUGUUUAUGGUGAAAAGGAGAGGAUGGAUAUCUAG